CCCUUCUAGACCCACCAUGGCCUGUGGGUGUGCCUAAGUGGUGUUCUAAAGGUUGGAUGUGUCUUCCGCUAAGGGGAAACUCUGCCGAAAUUUCGUGGACGCCGACACUUGUGAAAAUAUCGAGGGAGCUGAGUGUGGACAGCAAAGGGGAGCUGAAAUUCGUCAUUUCUCAAGGAGAAGAUGAAUGAGAGAGGAGGAGAUGCUAAUGGAAGAGGAGCUGUAGCUGAGAAGACAAGUGAACCGCCGCCAUCAAAAAAGAGCAAGGCCGAAGUGACCUUUGGACCAACCAGCUGCCGUGCUAAGCUUGGGAAGAAGGUGCUAUGGAGUCUGGAAGAGGAGACCAGCUGCAUCAAGGACCUUGACAAUGGUGGGGAGUUCAUUGGAGCUGAUUUUGAGGGGGAGUUGAAGAGGAAGGGGAUCCAGCAUCAACUGACAGUGCCCUACAACCCGCAGCAGAAUGGCGUGGCUGAGAGGUUCAACAGGACCCUGCAGGAGGGGGCACGCACUCUCCUUGGGCGUGCAGGGCUGCCUGAUCCGUUUUGGGUGUCUGCACUGAGGCAGGUCGCCCUUGUGAAGAACAGGGUGCUGGCUACAGUUGGAGAUAAGGAGUGGAUCCCAUAUGUCAAGUGGUAUGGGAGUGCUCCAGCUGUGAAUAUGCUGAGGGCAUUUGGGUGCAUGGUAGUGUUUCAUGUGCCUAAGGAGAAAAGGGGGAAGUUGGAGGCUUCUGGAAGAUGGGGUGUGCACUUGGGGAUUGCAAAGGAUCACAAGGGGUGGCUGCUAUGGGACUUGACCACCCAGAAGUUGACAGUGUCAAGGGAUGUGAAGUUUCUUGAGUCCCUGUACUACAAGGAAUGGAAGCAGCAGCAACAGAAGCUUCCAUCUACACCGCUCAUUGUGGAGGCGGAUGAGGUGCAGCGGCCUUCAAGACAGGUAGAGGUUGCAGUGUCAGAGGAGGAGAUGUCUGGGGGACAAAUGUCAAAGUUGGGGUUCCUAUAGGGAGGGAAUCUUUGUGCUUAUGGGGUUUCCUUGGUUGGGGACUCUCUUGGGACCUUCCCUCUCAUCCCUCUCUUCUAUCCCAACCUUUCUCUUGCUCCUCUAAUUCCUUGUGAGAUUCUUGAACUUUGAUUGAACUCUUGAGAUUGAGUUAAGUUCUCCUCCUACAGCUUACCCCCUAAUGCGUCGAAAGCCAUAGCGUCGCGAAUACUUCAUCAAUCAACGUGAUUCAAAUUGGGAACGGUAGCUGAGAUAAGAGCUACAACAUAUCCAAGUUUCGCGACAUUCCAACGGCUAGGUUUUCGUCGACGUCGUUUCUUGUGAAGACGACUUUUCUGUCCAGAAUU